AUGGCCGAGGUCAAGGCGGCGAGCUUCUUCCAGUUUCACUUUUCGAGACCGAAGCCCGACCCUACAACAAAUCCAGACCGAAGCAUAGGUUGGGCACACCCUGAACUAAGGCAGUUGCUGAUAUACAGUGACAUGUCACUAUUCUUUUGUAACAAGUUGAUGACGUGGUCUACCGAAGAUCUUCCGGAAGAGUGUACGUUGGCACGUAGCCAGCUUCAACAUGGAAAAGGUGCGACCAAAGGGCGGAAGGAGCCCAACGGAUUCAACGGACACACGGUUGGCUUGGAGAUUGAGCGUGAUCUGGAUCGCAUCGGGACGUCACGGUGCUUCGGCGAGGAGGAGCCAAAGGUUCCGGCACAGGGCUCAGUGGAGCAUCUGUUGGCCACUGACGCCUUCGACGACACUUCAGGUAAGCCGAUAUCGUUCGACGUCGUCUGCGACUUUGUGUUUCCGUUAAUCAACGCGAUCCAGAAACAAUUCCCAAACGUCGAAGUAGCCAUCUGCCUGAUUCAUUUUGUGCAGGCCGUUCGGCGACGAAUGAGUCAGCACAAAAACCAAAGUCAACAUACAUGUCAUAAGUAG